UCUGCUCCCGCCGCUGCAUCUGAUAGGAUUACAGCUCAACCCGGUUACCGAGUCAGGAGCGUUUUCUCACAAACAAGUAACGCCCACCCACUGAACCGGGAAAGUCGCUUCAAACCGUACAGCGUUCUUCACUCUCAAGUCCAAUAUCCACCCACCGGAAAGGAACGCUCAGCUCCAGAAAAGAUGGAUAGAGUAACCGAGAGAGAACUUUAAUGAACAACACAAGGAUAUUUACACUCCCUUUUAACACGUUUUGGCAACUUUUGGAAAUAUUUAGAUAUUUAUUUCUCAGUCAAGAAGCCUAUUUUGAUUUGUAUUUUCUUUAUGAGACCGUUUGGAGGCGUCAAGUUUGGGACAAGCUCUUGGAAACUACGUACACUGCGUGCUAACGCGUUGGUUGAACAGGUGGCUCGGGUUCCAGUUAAAUUGGCCUAUUUACAUUCAACGGGGACAACUGACAGGACAGGCAGACGGGAAUUUCCUUCAGAUGCUCCUCACAUACCGGACUGGCCAGGUUUAGAGCGCAGGGGACAACGAGGACGGACAGUUGGAAACUUCUCUAAAGGGUGAAAAUAAACCGUCCUUUUGUACUUUGACAGUUGGGAGUUUUUAUGCCAGCCGUUGACGUUGACAUGGUUGUCGAUAGUCCCCGGUUACACGGGUGUAAAGCCCCGGCCUCUACCCCGGAGAAUGUUGUCCCCGGGGGUAAAGCCCCGGCCUCUACCCCGGUAAACGUUGUCCCCGGGUGUAAAGCUCCGGCCUCUACCCCGGUAAACGUUGUCCCCGGGUGUAAAGCCCCGGCCUCUACCCCGGAGAACGUUGUCCCCGGGUGUAAAGCUCCGGCCUCUACCCCUGAGAACGUUGUCCCCGGGGGUAAAGCCCCGGCCUCUACCCCGGAGAACGUUGUCCCGGCUUCUCUAGGCAGUCCUGCUGCGGAUAUCCUCCGUAACUUUUACCACACUAAGCGGGUAGGAAACUACUUGAUCGGGAGGAAACUUGGAGAGGGCUCCUUCGCUAAAGUCCGAGAGGGACUUCACGCCAUGACUGGAGAGAAGGUCGCGGUAAAGGUGAUCGAUAAGAGGAAGGCGAAGAAGGACUCUUACGUGACUAAGAACCUCCGUAGAGAAGGUCAAAUCCAACAGAUGAUCAGACACCCCAACAUCACCCAGCUGCUGGACAUACUGGAGACUGAGAACAGUUAUUACCUGGUGAUGGAGUUGUGUCCUGGAGGAAACCUCAUGAACCGGAUCUACGAUAAGAAGAAGCUGGACGAGAGAGAGACGCAGAAAAACGUACGGCAGCUGGUGAUGGCUGUGGAACAUCUACACAGAGCCGGAGUAGUGCACAGGGACCUGAAAAUUGAAAACCUGCUCUUGGAUGAACAGGAACACAUCAAGCUCAUAGAUUUUGGUCUCAGUAACUGUGCAGGGAUUCUGGGUUAUUCAGACCCGUUCAGUACGCAGUGCGGGAGCCCAGCCUACGCUGCUCCAGAACUACUGUCCCGCAAGAAGUACGGACCCAAGGUGGACGUCUGGUCCAUAGGAGUGAACAUGUACGCCAUGCUGACUGGCAGCCUCCCCUUCACGGUGGAGCCCUUCAGUCUCAGAGCUCUGCACCAGAAGAUGGUGGACAAGGAUAUGAACCCUCUACCGCCCUCUCUCUCUACAGCGGCCAUCUGUCUAAUGAAGAAGCUGUUAGAACCAGAUCCAGCUAAGAGACCCAACAUCCACCAGGUCAUGUCUGACUCCUGGCUUCAGCUGGCUAACGCUAACACUGGAGCACCCUACCUCAACAGGAUCCACAUUGAGGAGAUCAACCACACGGUAUUACUCCAUAUGACGGAGAGGAUGGGCUAUAAACACAGCGAGGUGCUGAGCGCCGUGCUCACCAACAGAGCAUGUCACACCCUGGCCGUCUACUUCCUGCUCAACAACAAGAUGAAGAGGCUCUCCAAGGAGUACAGGGAGAAGGUGUUUCAGGAGAAGGAGAAGAAGACAGAGAAGAAUGAAUACUUCCAAACCCAGUGGAGGAAACACGUAGAGAAGGUCACCAUUCCUCCUAAACAGACUCCUGUCUACCUGGCCUACAGCAAGGGGCCUAGCAAGGAGAAGAAGCACAGGAAUGGUCUGCUGCGAGCGGUAACGGGUAACUUCCACCGUGCCUCUCCUCUCGCCCCGUCCGGCACCGUUGCCUCGUCGUCCAUGGAAUACCUAGAGAUCCACCCCCUCUUCCCCUGCACUUCACAGCCAACCAGGCACCUAGAAACCCUCCAGGCAGCCAAUACCAGCCCAGACCACAUCCCCGCCCCCCCGGCUCCUUCUCCAAUCGGCAUGCACUCCUACGACUCCCUCGCCAAAGCUGAGACAUUCGACGACGUUGUGGUCCCCGCCUCGGCCACACCCUGGUACAAACUGACCAAUGGGACCUUCUCUCCUCCGCGACACGUCUCGGCCUUCCACCCUGAUUCGUCCUACCUUAAAAAAGCGACUAUCCCCAGCCCCCCCGUCCUCAUCGUCAACCCCCAGCCCAAAAAGUCCUCCUCUAACUCGGGUGACAACCCCCCUAGUAUCUUCGGCAGCCCCCUGGGGGGCUCAGCCUUCAGUCCCCUCAACCCGUCAUCUGCGUUCAGUCCUCCGUCCAUCGGGGGCAGCGUUGAGCCAGACAGCCCCCAGCACAGUAAGUUCCCUUCUAUGGGCAUCGGUCAGAUCCUGAAGAAGAAGGUUCCCUUCCAGCCGUUCAGUUUCAGGGCGGAGCAGGCGGUGGAGGAGGAGCUGGUGUCUCCGCCCCCUUACCACAUGCAGACGCUGCUCUGCGCCUCCGGGGCGCUCAAGACCCUCUGCUGAAGCAUUGUGGGUAGCGGUACGAAGAUGAAGGAAGACCAUCUGUAGGGUGUGGCUCUGGUCCAAAGUAUGAAACGAGGGGAGAGGGUGUGGUCGUUUUGAGAGAGUUUGGAUCUCACUCCUUGGAACUCGUCCUCUGCUGAGGCAGUCGCCAUGACGACACUACGACUCUAGAGACCCUCUUGGUGUUAGAGAGACUAUUGCGAUAAUAGAAAUUAAUGCAUUAAACAUUAAAGACAUAGAGAAAGACUAAAGUGGAUAAAAUGCCACUUUGUCAACGAGUGUUUCGGCUGACGAAAGGCCUUUGUUGUGACACCGGUGACUGGAACGCGUGACCGACCAAGCUCCACAGUGUUACCUGUCAUUGUUGUAUAUUGUGUUGUGAGAGAGCUGAGUGACACACACAGAGAGAGAGGGAGAGCUGAGUGACUGAGUGACACACACAGAGAGAGAGGGAGAGCUGAGUGACUGAGUGACACACACAGAGAGAGAGGGAGAGCUGAGUGACUGAGUGACACACACAGAGAGAGAGGGAGAGCUGAGUGACUGAGUGACACACACAGAGAGAGAGGGAGAGCUGAGUGACACACACACACAGAGAGCUGAGUCACAUACACAGAGAGAGAGAGAGAGCUGAGUCUCUCACACACACACACACACACACACACACACACACACACACACACACACACACACACACACACACACACACACAGAGAGAGAGAGCUGAGUGACACACACACACACACACAGAGAGAGAGAGAGCUGAGUCACACACACACACAGAGAGAGAGAGAGAGAGCUGAGUCACACACAGAGAGAGAGAGAGCUGAGUGAUUCAUGUCAUGUUAAGUAAAAGUGACUGUAGUCUGUGCUGUAAUAGUACUAUAUAUGUGUGUUCUGCCGGUAUUGUCGGUAUUGCCGGUAUUGCCAAGGUGUUCUGAACAAAUGUAAACGGUGGUAGUGAAGUACGUUUCUUGUAAAUACUACAUGUUCCAAUGCUGGACUCUAGUGUAAAAUUCACUAAGAUGUGACAUUCAUAUAUUCACCCUAUUGGACUAACUAAUGCUUCCAUGUACUGUACACAAGGCUUUUCACUGUUGAGGUGGGUCUUUCAUACACAAGGCUUAUCACUGUUGAGGUGGGUCUUUCAUACACAAGGCUUAUCACUGUUGAGGUGGGUCUUUCAUACCUGGCCAAAUCUGCAUGCAAAACCGUUUUAAUAUGUAAAUGUGUUUGUAAACAAGAAAUGUCUUUGUAAAUCUUUUGUUGUUGUUGUCAAUAUUGCUAUUGAUUCGGACUGAUUUGAGUCACGUUCUUUAGUAAGCUUUUGUAUUUUUUUUAUUUAUUUUGAGUGUCGAGAGAUUUUUUAUGAUGCCUUAUGAAAUAUUUUAAACAUUUAUACUAAAUCCA